AUGAUUAACGAAACUCAAAAUAAGCUGAUUUACUUAGAUUUCUUUUAGUGGCGAUAAGGUAUCUAAGAUUUGGAAAUUGACAAGUUGAAUGAAAUAAGGAUGAAACUUGUUAAGACUAUAAUCAAAAUAGCGAUAACUCAAGAUUAUUGUUUGAAGUACUAUUAUGAUGGAAUUGUGUUGAGAAAGUAAUAUUAUUUCAAGAUUGAAAGCGAAUUAAUUGUGGAUAUCUCCUAAAAUCCAGGAAUUUUGACAAAUAUGGAAUAGAUCAAAUAUCUACAAUGGUAAGGUGAAUAUGGAAAGAAUAUGAGAAAGUAGGGGAAGUGGAUGGCUUUAUGGAAUGGGGAAGCUCUUAUCGAAGUUGCUGGAUACUUUGAGAAUGGAUUAAAGGAAGGCUUAUGGAAGCAAAUAUUUAAAAGUUAUGGGGAGUAAAAAUUAAUUCUAUAAUUGUAGUUAAGGUUAAGUAUAUGAAAGUGGAGAGUAUUUUUAAAAUUAAAAAAUAGGUAGAUGGAAUUAUUUCUAUCAAAAAAAUAAAAUGUUAUAUUAUUUUAAUUAUUUAGUGGUGGAGGAUCUUACAAUUAAAUAGGAUUAAAGAAUGGUAAAUGGAUUGAAUUAUGCGAUUAAUUUUAAGAUAAUUGCUAAGUCACUUAUAGAGGUGAAUAUAAAAAUGGGAAAAAAUUAGGUAAAUGGGAUAUUUUUUAUCAAAAUAAAUAUAUGUAAAUAUGAUAUAUUUAAAUAUAUUGUUUAGUGGUGGUGGAUCAUAUGAUGAAUUCGGCAAUGAACUUAAAAAUGGGACUUGGAUUGAAAUUAGUGAUGCAUUUUAUUCGAAUUCGGAUGCCAUUUAUUAUGGUAAAUAUAAAAACGGUAAAAAGAUCGGUGGGUGGUUUAUUGAGGAUAGUUUAUAUUCAAUGUAAAAUGAUAUUGUCUAUAUAAAUUUGUUAGUGAUUGUGGAUCCUAUGAUGAAUAAGGUUAAGGAAAUAAAAUAGGGAGUUGGAUUGAAUUAUUUGAUGGGUUUUAUAACCAUUCAUCAGUCAUUAUGUCUGGUUAAUAUUAAGAUUGUAAAAGAGUUGGUAGAUGGAAUUUCGAAAUGAUUGGAGAAACUGUGUAAUAUUAUUUUAUUAAAUAAUAUUUUUUAAUAUUGUAGUUGUGGUGGAACAUAUGAUGAUAAUGGGGAUAAGAUUGGGUAGUGGAUUGAGUUGAGUGAUGGAUAUAGAUCUAGUUCAUUAAUAACUUAUAAUGGUGAAUACAAAAGUGGUAAAAAAAUAAAUAGAUGGGAUAUUAAUUAUGCUAGUAGAAAAAUUUAAUAAAUGUAACUAUCUGAUAAAAUUUUUAGUGGUGGUGGAUCAUAUGAUGAAUUUGGUGAGGGAAUUAAAAUUGGGAAAUGGAUUGAAAUAAGUGUAAACUCUUCACCAGGAAAAGAAAUAACUUACUAAGGUGAAUAUCAAAAUGGUAAAAAAGUUAGGAGAUGGGAUACUUUGUAUUAAAAUGUGAUGAUGUAAAUCUGUAAUAUAAUGAAAUUUUUUAGUGGUGGUGGAUCUUAUCAUAAUGAAGGUAAUGAAAUUAAGAUUGGGAAAUGGGUUGAGUUAGGCGAUUAUUUUAUGAAUUCAUAAGUUACCUAUAAUGGGGAAUAUAAGGAUGGUCAAAAAAUUGGUAAAUGGGAUACUUUAUUUAAUAAUACAGUGAUGUAAAUAUAAAAUUGUAGAUAAAAAUUUUGUAGUGGUGGUGGAAUAUAUGAUGAUUAUAAAGGUUAUAAAAUAGGAAAAUGGAUUGAUUUGGAUUAGGACUUUAGGAUCGAUAAAUAGAUAAUGUAUUAGGGUUAAUAUUAAAAUAAUGUAAAAAUUAGCAAAUGGGAUAUUUUAUAUAGAAAUCAGAGUGAUGUAUUUACUGAGAUGUAAUUAUUAAAAAUUACUAAAAAUUUUAAGCGGUGGUGGAUCAUAUUGCGAAAAAGGAAAUGGAAUUAAAGUUGGGAGAUGGAUUGAAUUAAGUGAAAAGUUUAAAAGGCAUUAAGAAAUUAUUUACAUUGGUGAUUAUCAUAAUAGUAAGAAAGUUGGUAGAUGGGAUAUUUUGUUUGGAAAAUUUUAGAUGUAAAUAAUAAAAACAAUUUUAGUGGUGGUGGAUCAUAUGAUGAUAAUGGUGAUGAAAUUAAGAUUGGAAAAUGGAUUGAAUUAAGUAGUAAGUUUACUGAUAGAGAAAAAAUUAUAUUGAUUGGGGAAUUUCUUAAUGGCAAAAAAAUUGGUUCAUGGGUCGAAAAAACAAAGACCGAUAGGGGUAUAACCUAAAAAGAAAUAAUAUAUGAUAAUUGA